CGAAAAAUCUUUUAACGGUUAGCCACUGGCCUUGAGUCAAAAUCGAAAACACCACUUUCCCACAACCAAACAAACCAAUUUAGACAAAGUGUGACACAGUUACCCACCAAUCAAACAGCCCUAAAACAGCCCUGAGUCUCAUAUAUGUCACGGCUCCCUUCCUUCCGUGCAUGAAUGCACCACGCUGACAAGAUCUGUCCGUGACGCCGCUGGCCUGCUCCUUCUCCGCGACGCCGUCGUCGCGCGCGCCUUUCUCAGCGACACCGUCUUCUUGCUCCUCUUUCUCCACGACGCCGUCGACCGUCGUGCUGGUCCUCCUUCUCCAUGGUGCCACUACGCUCGUCCGCCUCAACGGCGGCGGCUCACUGCUGCCUGCCUGCUUUUUGGGCUUCGUAGCCUCUCAACCAGCAAUGGCGUGGCCGAGUUGAGUAGGUAGACUGUACUAUUGCGUGUUUGUUUUUGAGGACGGCACUGGAAUGUUACGCUGCCUCGGGAGGCAUAUGCGCCAACGUUGAUUGAGCUUGGCGUUAAUGAAGCGUGACGCAGAAGGAGAAAGGAGACGUUGGGAGGGAGUAGAUGCCUUUUCUCAUCGGGGUUGAUUUUAAAGCACUGAUGGAAAUGUUCACCAGGUUAGUGUAAACCAAACAGUCCAUGUGCCGCACGGAACGCCUCCCCGCCGACCGACGGGACCCCAGGCAGCACGGAGCACGGGCACACGGACACGAAAACGAAACACCACACCGUGUCAGUUCCCCCACUACAUUCCUCCGCCAUUUAAACGCGGGUUCCCCGUUUGUCCCUUUUCCUCGCGUCCACCACUCCACCUCCAUCCAUCACUGGAGCUCCCCAGAAAAAAAGGCACCAGGCAAUUCCCGAUUAGCAUCUCGAAUUCGCGAUAUGACCUGCGGCGGCGUCAGACCGGAUGCGGGAAGCUAGUGUUCCAUUCCAUCUGGAUGCUGGUGUGUAUUGGUUUUGGUUUUGAGUUCAGUACCUCUCCCCUCUUCUGGAUUGCGUAUUCCCUCGGUUGAUGUAGAAAAUGACUGGUACAGAUCUGACACUUGGAGCAUAUAGGGUUAUACGUUCUGGGCUUUGAAGUAGAUAAGGAGCUGACUGUUUAUAUCAGUUCCAGUGUUGAAAGUGGCAACUAUUAACGUGUGCAUAAGCAAAAUGGAUAGGGAACUUGCUAGCGACAUGGAGCUUGAUUCUGUUGUCUUCCAAGUAUCCUCGCCUGACAACAGGUAUGAAGCAAUUGCUUGCAGUAAGGGAAAAACAGAACUGAUAGCUUCUGGUCCUUUUGACCAGUUAGUUCUGCACCUGGAAGAUGCCAAAACAUUCCAAUCUUGUUCAUCAAGUGGUACUUUUAAACUGUUAUUGGCUGGGGAUGGAAAAGACUCUUCCUGGUUUACCAAAUCCACCUUGCAGAGAUUUUUGCAUAUCAUAAGUUCAUUUGAUACAUCAAAAUCGGUCAAUGGAGUUUUAGACGAGAUGUCACAGCUGGAGGAAACAAGAAAGUUUCAUCAAUCACUUUAUGUUAAGGAGCAACAGAAUGUUAUUAGUGGCGCUUUAACAGGAGGUUUAUUUGGUACUGGUGCCAUAGCACAGCAGGGAAAUGAUGGGCCAAAUUCAUCGGAUACGACAAAGAAUGAAUUGCUUCGAGCACUGGAUUUGAGAUUAACUGCACUGAAGGAAGAGAUCUUGGUCGUAUUGAACCGAGCAGUUGGAUCCAAUUUAUCGGCAAGAGAAAUAUCUGAUUUAUCUGCUUUUGUUCAGCGAUUUGGAACAUCAGAGUUUUGUUGGUUGAUGCGGUGUACGUUGUUGAUAUCGGAUUGUAAGCCCUCUGAGCUCCCACUACAGCAGAAUUCUACAACUGAGAAAGUUGACAAGGAUGAGAAUGCACAUAAACCUUGCAUCAGUCCUCAGACUAAUCUUCAGAUGCCCAUUGCCAAUAAUGUAUCUCCAGCAAAGCUUGCACAAAUUGAGCGUGAGAGCUCAACAGAAAGUGAUGAUUCCUCUGAAUCCAGUGAUGAAGGUGAGGCCAUUGUUGAAAGGAGCCGUCCUCUUGUAAGAUCUGCUUCACCUAGAAGAUCUGCUUCUCCAAUGCGGAGGGUUCAAAUUGGGAGAUCAGGAUCACGUCGUUCAACAGCAAUUGCUAUCAAGAGCCUCAGUUACUUCCCUCCUAGUCAGAGGAUUCCUAUGGAUAAAGAUGAUGAAAGUAGUACCUUCAAUGGUGAAACUGAUCAGCCACCAAAGAAAUCUGACACUAACGUUAGAAGGAUGAGUGUUCAGGAUGCAAUUAACCUUUUUGAGAGCAAGCAGAAGGAUCAGAAUCCAGAUUCACAAAAUAAGAAAGCUGGCUUGUUUGCCACUAAGUCUGUCUUGAGAAGGUGGAGUGCAGGAAUGGGUGAUUCUUUGAAUGAAAACUCAGAAGGAAAAGUCUCAGAUUCCACAUCUGAAAGUAAAUCAAACAACAUAGCUUCUGAAACUGAGAAGGUUGAAGCUGAAAUGAAGGCUGAACUAGGUAACAUACCAAAUUUUUUUGUUACACCUGAGGCUGAAGAUUUAACUUUCCAUGCUAAUUCUCAUGAGAUUAGAGUGUCAGAAACGGAGAGUGCUGUUUGUAGUAAUGUUUGUGCAGAACAAGCAAAGCCUGGUCUGGAGGAAAGCAGUGAUCGGGCAAUGGCCUCCGCUGAGUGGAAUCGCCAGAAGGAAGCCGAGCUUAAUCAGAUGUUAUUGAAAAUGAUGGAAGUCAUGCCUGGGAAAUUUGCGGGUGCUAAUGCCACCGCUACAGGUCUCAGUUCCACCAAUCAGCAAAAAGCUGUAUCUCAUGGCCAGCAUACAGAGAAGCGAGACACAAAAGUCAGAACUGAGAAAGGCACAAGGCGACCAGCAAAGGAACCAAGCACCAAGCCCUUGAAGGAAACAGCUGGGAAGAAUAAACCAGCAAUGACCUCGAAAUCUGGCUCUUCAACAGAGAGACGUAUUUCACCAGUUCCACAAAGGGCGCGGCGAAAUUCAUCACCUCCAGUCCUACCGAAAGAAGUAGCAUCAAAGACACCACCAGUCAGGAAAAGCUCACCGAAACCAUCACCUGCACCUGCAUCUGUGCCUACUACACGUAGUUCAUGGUCAGGUGGUUCUUUGACUAAAGCAACUACAACACAAAAAACUAAAAGGUCUCCUGGGAUGGCUUCAACGUCCACACAAACUAGCCGAAGGACUCCAACAACGCCCUCGUCGUCUCAGCCAGCUUCAAAAGCGGAAAGGGCCAUUCAAUCAGUGAAGAACAAGAAGGAAACCAUUACUGCUACCAAGCCAGCUAUAAAGGGACAAGAAGAGAAGAAGACCAAAACAGCAACAAAGACAAGCAGAAUAACUAAAGUUUCACCUUCAGAAGAAAAAUCAGGUGUAAAAACGAAGCAAAGCUUGCAAAAGGUUUCAAAUAAAAGCAGUGUUGUACCUCUUGAGUCCAAAACCUUGAAGAAAACCACUGGAAUUAGUCAGAGCAUUAGGUCUGGUAUGGUGAAGAAUAAGGUACCCCAACCUAAUGACUUCUCAAAAGAUACCGGAAGUGUUAACCAAGCUGAAGAUAAGGAGCAAUCUCCUGUGACAACCGAGCCAACUACUAAGGUACUGGAGGCUGAUCUUGCUCAACCAGCACAUGAUGUUGAUGAAAAUUUAGAAAUUUCGCUCGAUAAUGACUUGAAUAUUGAAAAAACAGAGAAACCGGCCUCGAGUUUAACUGCAACAGAAAUGGGCUCCAGUAUCCAAGUUGAACCCUCUACGGAUGAGUUAGAUGAGGCCAUACAACCUCCUGACGAUGACAUGGGCAUCUCAUCAUCUGCGUGGGUAGAAGUAGAGCGUCAAGAACUAGAAGUCACUGUUUCGAGUGAAAAUGUAGUUGUUGAGGAUGUAACUUCUCCAGGAAUUGCACCAUUGCCGUCAUCAAGCCCAAGAGUGCGUCAUUCGUUGUCACAAAUGCUGCAAGCAGAUAGCAAUGAACCAGAAAUUAUUGAGUGGGGAAAUGCUGAAAACCCACCCGCAAUAGUUUUUCAUAAGGAUUCUCCAAAAGGAUUCAAGAGGCUUCUAAAGUUUGCUCGAAAAAACAAGGGAGACAACAAUGCUAACGGCUGGGCAAGCCCCUCGGUAGUUUCAGAAGGAGAAGAUGAACUAGAAGAACCAAGAGGCACUAGUGAUGGUACAAAUUCAAGCAGGAGAACUUUUGAUGGUUCAAAGACUAAUAGCAUCUUAUCAGCUCAAUCAACUACCGGCAGCUUCAACUCUUUGAACUCGGAUAAGCUACGGGAGAGAUCAGGUGCUGCCACAUCAACAAGAGCAUCAAGGUCGUUCUUCUCACUCUCAAACUUCCGGAGCAGCAGGUCAAAUGAGUCGAAGCUUCGAUAGUGUCUGCCUUGUUUGUCCAGCAGAUACAUGGGUAGUUCAUCUCCGCUCCCAUUCAGGACGUCUAGACUUAAAAAUGGUUUGAGAUUUGAUUGUUCGGACGGAGCCAGCUUGCUGUGUUUCGCUCUAGUCACCUGACAUUUGAUAUAUAGAUAGCUUCUGCCUAUGAGAUGCCAUACUUCGCUUCUGCCGUCCUGUACAUUUCUAUAUUUUACUGCAUUGGGUGCGAGCUGAUUGAGACGACCGAUAUGUUUGCAUGGCUUGCAAGAGAUUUGCUUCGACCAAAAGCCCUUUGCUGUCAAUAGUUUGUACCGAAAAUUGUCAUGAGCAACAACAUUAGGAAUGAUGUAAGUUGUCACAUUUUUUUUUGACGAGAGGAGGACCCCAUUUCUAUUA